AUGUUUUGCGAGGGAUCCCAAGCUACUGCGUACAACAGAGUUGUUUUUGCCCAACGCCCUUCGCUUGCGAGAGGACUAAUCCAGCAUCAGCUCGUCGCUCAUGGUGAGCUGUUCUUCUCCAUUGAGGGACUCCUCAAAUUGGAUCUCAUGCUUAUUGGUGUCACUGGCCGCACAAGCCGACGUUGUUCUAGAGUCCAGAGCAAGCCUCGGCAUCUCAGCCCGGCGGAGCUGGCGCAACUGGAUGACAUCGCGCUAGAUCUACUUAUCGACAGGAUGACGCUGCGACAGGUCAAUUUUCCGGCAACGACGCGUAAGAGUUCCACGGCGUAUCUGCCGCGUCGACCCGUCCGCAAGAGAGUGUUGUCGAAGAUCCUUGGCGCCGAGGGACGAUUUGACAUCCAUCAGAUCCAUCGCCGCAUCUUACAAAUAGCUUGCUUGGAGGGGUCUGUUCCAGUAAGCGGGAUCGCCGACGAACGGUUCAAGUGGUUCAGCACGCAGCUGAAAAGCUAUCUUCAGAUCUACAAUCCCAAGUGUCCUUUUCAGAUUGCCAUGUCUGAACAUCUCCCUAGUACGCACCCUGAAGCUGCGGUUUUUGCGACGCGCGCCUUCACAGUGGGGGAGCCAAUUCAGUUCCUCAGCGGGGUCUGUGUGCCCUUGACAAAAGAACACCAGCUGCAACUCGAAAAGGCGGGUAAAGACUUCAGCAUCCUCCAGUCGCCUUGCAGUCAAGCCCUUGCAAUGUUUCUCGGCCCUGCUCGGGCCAUCAUCGUGCCCCUGAAAGACAUCCACCCCUGUGAUGAGAUUACCGUAUUCUAUGCAAAAGACUAUUUCGGAGAGAAUAACCAGCACUGCUUGUGUCGGUCGUGCGCACGAGCCCGAUCGUCUCCGGACGGGUGUUGA